AUGUUAGGCGUUAUCGCAGCCUUGAUGCUGAUUUGUGCGGGUUUGAUUUAUUUCAACCAAACAAGAACAGAUAAUAGAGAGAAGGUGGACUCACAAAUCUUUACUAGAUUUCAAUACAUUUAUUUGGGAGUGUAUUUAUGUAUGACCUUUAGUGAUUGGCUACAGGGAGCAUAUGUUUAUGUUUUGUAUGAAUCCUACGGCUAUGGAAUUGAUAUGAUUUCCAAGUUGUUUGUUGUCGGCUUUUUGAGCAGCAUGCUAUUCGGAACGAUUAUUGGAGCCCUUUCAGACAAGCUAGGACGAAAGAAUAUUUGUUUAGCCUUUGUUGUACUGUAUAUUAUUUCUUGCAUCACGAAACACUCAUCAAAUUUAACUGUUCUCUUAAUUGGACGACUCACUGGUGGAAUUGCCACAUCCAUUCUCUACUCAUCCUUUGAAUCCUGGAUGGUUUAUGAGCAUUUCAAUAGACACAACUUUUCAAGUUCUUGGAUUGGUGAUACUUUCUACAAGCAAACCUUUUCAAAUGGUAUUAUUGCUAUCAUUGCAGGUUUUGUUUCAAACUUGUUGUAUAACCUUUUUAACAGGUCUCCUGUGGCUCCAUUUGAUGCUGCUAUUGUGUGCUUGAUGAUUGGUGGAGGACUUAUCGUGUAUUUUUGGGAGGAAAAUUAUGGAGAUAGAACUGGAGAUUAUGCAAAGAAUUUUUCAGAAGGAUUUAAGGUCAUACGAUCAGACUUUAGAGUGUUGUGUGUUGCAAUUUCGCAAAGCUUUUUUGAGGCUGCCAUGUACAUUUUCGUGUUAAUGUGGACACCUACCCUUACUAACUCUGUUAAGGGCCAAGAAGAAUUGGACAUUGGUUACAUAUUUGCCGCAUUCAUGAUUGCAGUAAUGAUUGGAAGUUUGGUGUUCAGGGCACUUCUUGUCAAUUCAGAUGAAAUGGAGAAGAAAGACGAACAGAGUGUCGCUCUCGGAGCUUGGAGAAGUCCAGAGUAUAUUUUGUUAUUUGUGUUUGCCCUUGCAUUAAUUUCCUUGAUCAUUCCAAUAGUAUCUUCUUCAUUCAAUCUCAUACUCUUUGGAUUUUUGGUGUUUGAAUUUUGUGUGGGAAUAUUUUGGCCUGCUAUCUCAACCGUGAAGAGUGUAUACAUUCCAGAAGAUGUCAGAUCUACUGUCAUGAAUUAUAUUAGAAUUCCAACUAAUUUCCUUGUUGUCUUGUCACUCUACUUUGUUGACAACAUUCCUCAAUUUCCUGUUUGUUGUUUGUUAUUGACUGUUGCUCUUGGAAGCCAAUAUUGGCUAUUGCAGCACAAGGCCAGCAUUCAGAAUACUUCAACCUCUCUAGCCUUAUAA